UUGAAAUACAAAUAGUAAUGAAAGCCUUUCCAAAGCAAUUCGAGAAAAUGGCUUCCUUUCCUGUUGGUACAAAACCUUCCAUUCCUUUGUUAUUUGGCAUAGCAGAAUAUGAAAAUAACGCCUUCGUCUUAUCAGAUAGAUAUAUUCUCAACCAAGUUCAACGUGUUCGAAACGACUUCUUGUUCAUCUUUAGUGUCUUCUUCACAUUCAUAACCAGCAUCGAGUUGAUCUUUCCUAUACCGCUUAUAUUAUUUUGUCUAGGCGCAGAUGCAGCUGGAACGAUAGUACUUACCUAUGCCCUUGUUUUAGUAUUCGGAACUCAACUUUUCAAACGUUUUCUAUGGAGACCCCGUCCAUGGAUGUUAGAUGAGACUGUUUUUGUUUGGAAACGAGAUAAGACGAGUUCAUUUCCUUCUCGUGGUGUAGUUUGCUCUGUAGUAUUUUGUUUUGUACUUUCGGAUGUGGCGCAUUGGGAUCAUCCCGUUUGGUUGACCCUUUUGGUUGCUUUUGUUAGUAUUUCUACAGCUUUCUCUCGUUUGUAUUUGGGAGCACACUUCCUAUCCGAUGUGAUAUCAGGUUUGAUUAUAGGCUUUCUGCUAGUGCUCUUAUCGAGACAUUUUGUUGGUAGCUGGUGGUCAUUUCUGGGCUGUGAUAUAUUGACCAAUCCUGGAACGUGUUAUGGCUCAGGAAACAUUUUGCACUUGGUUUUUUCCAAACUGUUGUCUUUGGCUGUCUUGACUGUUGUUUUAUGGUGCCUGACACUUGUUUUAACCUGUCGACCUAUAAUAUUCUGGUCCAAAAGUGCACUAUCCUUUGGCUUAAUGUUUCCACCUCUUUUGUUUCGCUAUUUAUUUCUUUGUAACCCGGAAGAGAAUGAUAAGGAUGCCUUGGGAUUCGUUCUUGACAGAAGUUGGUUAUUAUCCUGUAUAGGAAUGGUAGGACCACUCCUUCUAUGGUCCGCUGGCUGGUAUAUAACUAAGAAUGGGCGAACAGAGCGCAAUAUCUUAUAUUAUACUAUCCUAUUCGCGUCCGGUUGCUUCUUAUUAGGUAUCUGUUCUUUGCAGCGAGUGUCUUCAUAACAUUCUAUUUGGUCUCUCUGCUCAGUCUAGAUAAUAGCAAAAGUUCACGAUUAUAUGUUGUUUCUUACAAUCUCAUUAUGGAUAGAGUCUUUUGGUAUCAUUUCAAAGUCUCGUGGAUAUUCAUUCUUAUUAUAGUUUGGAGCUUUUUGACUU